AUGAAGAGUGAAUAUCGGCCAGUCAUUGAAAGGACGACAAACAAAGCAGAAGACCACGUUCCCUAUUUUUUUAAAAUGACGGAGACCACCGAUGAGGCCAAAGACUCUGCUCCAACAGGAGACCUGUCAAAACUAAGCAAAAGCCGGGAAUCGAACUGGCCCACUGUACUGUUCUUCAUACACAUCCACCUGCUAUCACUCUAUGGGAUCUGGCUGUUGUUUUUCGAAGCAAAAUGGAUGACAGUGAUAUUGUUGGUUAUUCUUGCGUCGUUUGCAAUAUUGGGAGUUAACACGGGGGCCCAUAGACUUUGGGCACACCGCACAUACACCGCAAGCAGGGAGUUACGGUUCUUUUUGAUGAUUCUACAAACAUUAGCGGGACAGGGAUCUAUAUACAGUUGGGUUCAGUACCAUAGGUUACACCAUUCGCUCUUCAACACCGAUCUUGAUCCAUACAACCCCAAAAAAGGCUUUUUCUACGCACACAUACUGACGCGGCUUAGCAAUCUUAGCCCUUAUCAAGAGAAACUGAAGGAUCAAAUCGAUAUGUCCGAUAUUGAGAAGGAUUCUAUUGUGAUGUUCCAAAAGAACUUCUACUGGCUGCUGUACGGAGUUUUAUUCCUCCUUCUACCGCUGAACGCGCCCUUAGAGUAUUGGGACGACUCGGUGGUUAGCGCCGUAUUCGUCAUAGGAUUCCUGCGCUACGCCCUAGUCCUUCACGCCUCUUGGCUUGUCGAAAGCGGCUUCUGCAUCUGGGGCCUAGCACCCGGCGAUAAGUACCCUUCCGACUCCAAUUUAGUGUUCUUCCUUAAUCGAUCAUUUUGGCCUCAUUACCACUAUCUUAAUCCCUGCGAUUACAAAUCAGGAGAGUACGGUACCUACGAUUCUGGUUGUUCUACUGCGUUCAUCCGAGUAUGGGCUGCGCUCGGUCUGGCGAAAGACCUGCGUACACUUGAAUCUACGACAGUACACGCAGCGAUGGCUGAGGCCGCGAAGACCAAAAGGCCUUUAAGCACGUGCCUAAAAGAGGCCACAAAACUACAACGACUGCCUGAAGACCACUACCUAAGA